AUGGCCGUGGCAGACACUAACUAUAAUUAUAUUUUUAUCGAUGUUGGUGCAUACGGGAAAGAAUGUGAUUCAGCGGUAUUCAAACAAACACAAUUUUGUAAAAACUUAUUAAAUGAUAGAUUGGACAUACCGUCAUCUACAAAUAAACUAGAAACUGAUUGUGAUCUACCUUACGUAUUCGUUGGUGACGAAGCAUUUGCUCUACAUGAACAUGUACUUCGACCGUUUGGUGGUCAUCAACUCGAUGAAAUGAAAAGUAUAUUCAACUACCGUUUGACAAGAGCAAGACGGUAUGUUGAAUGUACAUUUGGAAUAAUGGCGAAUAAAUGGCGAAUUUUACAUCGACCAUUAAAUGUAUCUACGGAUUUAGCAGUUGAUAUAGUAAAGACUUGUUGUUUGUUGCAAAAUUUUAUUCAAAAAGAAGAGGGAAUUAUUAAUAGUAUGUCUAAUGAUUCAACUACUGAAGAUCUAAACUUUGAUCUACGCCAAUUACCUCGUUCUAAUUCGGUAAGAGGUAGCUUAAGCCGCGGUCACACGAUGAUAGUAAAACGCGAUAGUUACUAUCGUGAAAGCUGCUAUCAAGAGAGAGUCAUCGUGUGA